AUGGAUUUACAAUAAGAAAAAUUAAAAUUAUAAUUAGAGCAAUUUCAUAAUUUAGUAGAAUAAGAAAUAACUUAAAUACAAAAUGGUGAAAAAGUAACAAAUCAUACGCCUUAAACACCCGAAUAUUAAAAACUUAGAAAUGAAUUAGAAAAGGUAUUAAUAGAAAUUUCAAAAACAGGUGAAUAUUAACCUUUUAACUGGAAACAUUUAAGAAGUCAUAUAAUAAUUGUUGCAAGAGAUGUUUUAGCUUAAAUGAAUUAACAAUUUCCUGAUAUGAAAUAAAAUUUAGGUGAAUCAUUUGAAGAUGAAUUAGAAGUGAUUUUAUAAUUUAUUUCUGGAUUUGAUAGCAAACCUCCAUUUACACUUUAAAGGAUAUGCGAACUUCUUUUAAAUCCUAAAUAAUAGUAUAAAAGUUCUAAAAAAAUAUUAUUUGCAUUAGAAAAAUUAGUUAAUGUGACUCCUGAAGAGGCUCUUUUGGAGAUUGCUAUAUAGCAUAAAAUUUAAUUACCAAUACUCAAGUGGCUCUUAAAAUAGAUUUAUAUUAUACUCAUAAUUCCUAAAUUCCUCAUGAAGCGAAAUUAUUAAAAAUAUUAUAAGGAUAAGAAGGGUUUGCAAUAUUACAUUGGAAUGGAACUGAUGAUUCUGGAAAAAACAUAAUUGCAAUGGAUCUCUAAGGAGCUAAUUUAGAAACUUUAUUUUAAAAAUGUUAAAGAAAAUUUACUUUGA